AUGAGCGGCCUGUACGACGACCCGUUCGCCUACGACGGUCCCGACUUCACGACAUACCUCGGCCAGAACCAGUUCGCAGCCGGGUCGUCGCCCGACGACUUCCACGUCACCUCUGCCACAGAAACACACUUCCCGGCCGCCGUCCACGCGCUGAAACCUGCGCCGCAGCUCCAGCAACACCACCAGUCGCCAUACCAGCUCUCUCCGACCGAACCCCUACUCCCGGACUUCGACCAUGCUCUCCAAGGCCACCUCGCCCGCUCUGCGCCCACCAGCUUCCCCCAGGCUCCGCCGACACCACAACACGCGCCACCGCCCCAUCUCAACAUCAACACGAUGGGCCUGACCUGGAACACCACUACCACCGCCGCCGCCGCCCCCACCUCCGCCCCGGCCCCCAGCAACCCAGACCCUAGGGGAACCGGACCGCAGCAACCCCCCGCCAACGCAGAAGACCUGCACAGCAUGCUCGCCGCGCUGCAGGCCGAGCUGCGGCAGACGGCGCUGGAGCGCGACGAGGCGCGCCUGCAGCUCAGCACGGCGCGCAACGAGCUGUACGCGGCGCGGCAGAUCGAGCGGCGGCUGCGCGUCGAGCGCGACGAGGCCCGCUCCCAGGCCGACUUCCUCGGCGCCGAGCGCGCCAAGGCCCGCCAGACCGAGGCCCGCCUGCGCCGCGAGCGCAACGAGGCCCGCCUCGCGCUGCUGCUCAAGAGUAAGGGCGGGGCGGUCGGGGUCGCUGGCGCUGGCGCUGGCGUUGGGAGGAUCGGGGUCGGUGGUGCUGGUGCUGGGGCAGGGGCUGGUGCUGGGGGAGCUGGGGGGAUCGCGGUGAUGGGCGGCGGCGGGAUGGAGAGCCAGGGCGAGGAGUCGGGCGAGUCGCCCCCUAUGGUGCUGGCCGGGCACGACCAGGGAUGAGUGCGGCUUGUGGCGGGCUGUUCACGAGGGAAGCGGGUGGUUUCAACGGAAAGGGGGGGAAAUGAUACCAGUAAUUGGAUGGAUGGAGCAAGGGGAGUUUGAUUGGAUGGAAGGACCUUUCAACGGUGUGUUGGGCUUGUUGAUACCUCUAAGCGGAAGGAAACCGGAGUUUUUGAUUUUUCGAUGGUUUUUGUUUGGCCUUGGAUUGGUGUAUUUGCGCAAGGCUCAAUACGUGGGGGACGAAGGUGCGGCAAAAUACGCCCUGGGCCAAGAGAGGGACUGUAUGAUUUCUCCAAGGCUUGUCUUGAGUUGGAGUUUCUGUAGUGGUCGAAAGGCGGCUGCUGGCUUGGUAGGUGAUGCUUCAGUUGUCGCAGAUUGUUCAAC